AUGUAUGUACUUGUGCGUUUGUUUUUUCUUAAUACAAUUGUUUCUGUUUGCUUGACUUUUGGUGGGGUGGAUGGAGUGGUAGCGGCAGCAACAGAAGGUAUGGCUAGUAGUAGUCGAGGUAUUCUCAUUGCCGGAGUUACAAACCGCGCGAGAACACAAAUGGCAGAAGGUAUUCUACGCCACUUAACAGGGAAUGUUGUAUUCAUUAAGAGUGGAGGCCUCCAUCAUGAAGCAACAGUUCACCCCCUCGCUGUUAAGGUACUAAAAGAUAUUGGUAUUGAUAUUAGUAGUCAAUCGGUAUCAUCAUUAGAAAGUGCAAGGAGACAACGAGACACGUAUGAUGUGUAUAUAAGCGUUGAUACCAGCUACGAAAGGAGGACAACGGAUAAAACGCAGCGACCCACUGGCAUUAUUAGAAAACAUGAUUCACAUACCGAAUCUAACGACGCUAAAAACAUGAUGUAUGGUAGUGACCAAAAAGGCGAUUUUAAUAACAAUAAUUAUUAUAAUACUAAUAGUAAUAGUAACGAAUAUUCUUCUGAUGGUGAAUGGAGAAAAGAGGAAGAUGAUACCGUUUACUAUGAUCCUUUACUUGUUCCAAGCACACCUUCUCAUUGGCGAGUAGGAGCGGAUGCAGCAGAUGCACAACGUCAAUGGCAAAUAUGGAGUCCACGUGAUCCAAAGAUUUUUCACGAAACUUCCACACGCAAAUUUCAGGAUCAUCUUUAUGAAGGAGAACCACUCUUUAUGCGUCUUCAUACUAAUACCAUGCGUACUCGAAUGAAGAUAUCAGAGAGGUGGGAAUUGGAUGAAAUUGCCACUCGUUAUACUCUUGAGCGUCAGAGUGAACAUGAAGCUCGUUUUGUGCAGGCUAGAGAGAUCCUCUUACGGCGUUGUUUGGCGUUGCUCUCACGGUUGGAAGAGCACUACGGUGAACGAUUGUUGUUGAAUGAUGAAUUGUUAAAGGGAGAGAAGGGGAGAGAUUUAUCACAGCAUACCCUGUAA